GGAGAGUCACUUCAUCUGAAUCUGAACUCAUCUGUGUUUCCAGAUAAAGAGACAUUUUGGAGAAAUGGGAAACUGCACAUCGAGUCUGACAUCAGAAUUACCCUCAACUACACUGUUCACAAAUACCUUCUACCGAAUCCCAGCUCUAAUCCACAUUGAUGGAACAUUUCUUGCUUUUGCUGAGAAGCAAAUGUGGUGUGAUGAGCAUGCGACCCUGCUGAUCCUCAAUAAGGGAACACGGCAGAACGGAUCUGUUCAGCUUUUUUCUUUUCAGUGGUCAGGUGUUCAGGAGCUAAAGAUAACUGAAAUGGACAAUCAUCGCACCAUGAACCUUUGUCCUGUCUAUGACAAAGAAAAUAAUGUUCUCUUUUUGUUCUUUAACUGUAUAACUAAGGACAUCAGGGAGAAAGAUCAGAUUAAUGACCGUAAGAACUCUGCUAAGUUCAAUUCAAUUCAGUUUAUUUUGUAUAGCGCCUUUUACAAUGAACAUUGUCUCAAAGCAGCUUUACAAAAGAAGAGAAACGGAGAAUUGCAUAAGUUAGCGCUUCCUAAGUUAUGUUACAUUACUAGCAGUGAUAAAGGUGAGACUUGGACAGAUUUAAAGGACUUGACAGAACGUGUGAUUGGAGAUGAGAUUAAAAACUGGGCCACAUUCAGUGUAGGUCCUGGACACGGCAUUCAGAUGAAGGAUGGCAGACUCAUCGUUCCUGCUUACACUUAUUAUAUUAACUCUAGUGUAAAACCCUACGCUUUUGCGUUCUAUAGUGACGAUCACGGGGCCACCUGGAGGUUUGGAGAAAAAUUAAGUGUCACAUCCGGUGAGUGUCAGAUGGUAGAGAUCAUUGGCAACGGCAAAACUUACUUAUACUGCAAUGCAAGAAGUAGUGAGGGUUUUAGAGUGGAGUCUUGGAGUGAGAACGGGGGAGAGAGUUUUAAAACAGUAAUGGGCCACUGGUGGAUUGUAGUGAGCUUCCCAUACAAAGACCAGGACACAUGGCUCCUAUUUUCACACACAACUGAUGGAGUGGAGAGAAAGGAUCUUGGGGUUUAUUUGAAUAAGACUCCUCUUGAUCCUAAAGGUUGGACUGAUCCAUACAUCAUCAAUCCCGGCUGCAGCGGAUAUUCUGAUCUGAUUCAAAUCAACAAUGAACACUUCCCUUGCCUCCUGGAGCGUAAGACAGAUAACCGUGAAGAAACGGCUUUUGUGGAGUUUACUAGUGACGAUUUCAAGCCACCAAAAGUACCAAAACCUGAUCCUAAAUAUGCUACUGCUGUGUAAUAAUUUAAAAUGACACAAACAAAAAGUACUGAACACGUGAAGAAAGGGAGGUGUAAACAGGCAUGGAAAGCCAAGACACCAGCUGAAAUCAAUCAGUAAUUAGAAAGCAAUGCCAGGGGAUCCUCACCAGGUUUCUGACAGAGGAGUGUUAUCAGAAGAGUUGUGGAGAGCUUCAGAAACAGAUGACUCCAUUGCUGAAGGAAAAGCAUGUUGAACCUAGUUUAAAGUCAACAUUUGGUCAAGCCUGUGAAGUACUGGAAGAGUAUAGUCUGGUCAGAUGAGACCAAAACUGAACACUUUGGAAACCAUAACACACCAAUGUUUGGAGGACGAAAUGGCACCACAAAAACACCAGACCAGCAGUGAAGUUUUGGAGGAGGGAACAUCAUGGUGUAGGCUGUUCUUCAGGUUACGCUACUGGCAAACUUCAUAUCACUGAAGGAGGAAGAACGGAAAAAUGUACCACGUUCUUGAUAAAAAAUCUGCUGCCAUCUACCAGGACGAUGAAGAUGAAACGAGGGUGGACAUUUCCGCAGGAUCCCAAACACACAGCCAAGGAAACUCUCCACUGGUUUCAGAAAAAGAAAAUAAAGCUGCUAGAAUGGCCCAGCCAAUCACCUGACUUCAAUCCAAGUGAAAAUCUAUGGAAGAACUAAAGAUCAGAGUUCAUAGAAGAGGCCCUCAGAGAACUUUCAAGACUGUUUGUGUGGAAGAACGGGCCAAAAUCACACCUGAGCAAUGCAUGCAACUAGUUUCUCCAUACAGGAGGCGUCUUUCUUCAAGCUUUCUCCAUACAGGAGGCGUCUUUCUUCAAGCUUUCUCCAUACAGGAGUCGUCUUUCUUCAAGCUUUCUCCAUACAGGAGUCGUCUUUCUUCAAGCUUUCUCCAUACAGGAGGUGUCUUUCUUCAAGCUUUCUCCAUA